CCAAAUUUUGGCGAGUCAACAAUUAGGUUGGCCGGCCUCGGACCAAAUUUUGGCGAGUCAACAAUUAGGUUGGCCGGCCUCGGAGUGAAGCACAGAUUUACCAAAGAGGUGACAAUUGUUUUUGGUAUUUCUUGUACGAACGAAGGGUUAUACCGUUGUGAACAGGAGAAUGUUCGUUGGAUGAUAAAUUCCUCAAACACUACACCUUUGGCAUUUUUAGAAUUACAUAUCCUUCAAUUAGAACAAUUAACUAUUAUAGAAAAAUUCACUGUUUACUCAAUACUAAAAUUUACUUCAGAAAAUUACUGCCUAUAUGCUAUUACAGAAUCAGGAAAUCACUACUUUACAUUACUAAAUAGUGAACUUAUUCAUCUUAAAAUGCUUGAAUUUACUUCAAAUCAGCCCAGGAAAAGCGUAACUGAGUGGGUUUUAGAAAAAGCUCAACAAAAUAAUACUCUACCAGUUUAUCUUAAAUUUGGUAAUGUGAUCUGUCAGCAGUGCUAUAAUAGAAUAAUUGUUAAACCUUUAGCUCAAUUAAAAGAGCAUUCCCAAAUGACUAAUGUUCAAAUUUUAGAUAUAACAGAAGAAUAUAGGGAUGUGCAUGAAGUAAUACAGAAAUUGUUAGCAUUUAAGAUUUUUGAAGAAUUUCAUGCUUAUAUGGAAGAAAAGAAUAUUCACCUG